UCCUUAGCGAUUUAGAAAGCCGGGUAUUUGUGUCCGUCGCAGACUCUUGAAAUAAAUAUUUAUAUUUAACUCAUUCGUUUGUUUAUAUUUUGAUUUUGUGGACAUUUGAUACUGAUUUCCGAACUGGAAUAAACCUUGCUUGGUCGUUUAAAGCUCGUUUUACAAUCAACCCACCGCGUCUCGAUGAGAAGGGAUUUCUACAGCUUUAUAGACGCAGACAUAUUCGACAGAUUUUCGAUCCCCAACAUUGGAAUAACCUCCAAGAACAACUCGCAUUUUGGAUUAUAAAAUGCUUCUGUCCAAAUUCAACACAUUUGCUCACAUUUCCACCAUGGACAUGCCGACGAAGAUCCAGCUUCAAGUUAAAGAUAAGGAGCCGUUCGAGAAGGUUUAUCAGGUCGGCUCCGUGCUGGGUAGCGGUGGUUUCGGGACUGUAUACGCAGGUUUAAGGGUCGCCGAUGGCGCGCCGGUUGCCAUCAAGCAUGUCGCAAAAGAUCGAGUGACCGAAUGGGGAGAAUUGCCCAAUGGCGCCCGUGUCCCUAUAGAGAUCGUCCUCUUGAAAAAAGUCGCCACCGGAUUCCGUGGAGUUAUCAAGAUGCUGGACUGGUACGAGCGUACAGACAGCUACAUUAUCGUCAUGGAAAGACCGGAAGCCGUCAAGGACCUGUUUGAUUUCAUCACGGAGAAAGGCGCGUUACCCGAGGAGCUGGCCGGGAACUUUUUCCGCCAGGUUCUGGAAGCUGUGCGUCAUUGCCACAACAGUGGCGUCGUUCACCGCGACAUCAAAGACGAGAACAUCCUCAUCGAUUUGCGAACGGGCGACUUGAAGCUCAUCGACUUCGGAUCAGGGGCAUUGCUCAAAGACACUGUUUACACCGAUUUCGACGGUACUCGUGUUUACAGUCCACCAGAAUGGAUUAAAUUUCACCGUUACCACGGAAGAUCCGCUACUGUGUGGUCUCUGGGCAUUCUACUGUAUGACAUGGUGUGCGGGGACAUCCCAUUCGAGCAUGACGAAGAGAUAGUACGUGGUCAGGUGCUGUUCAGGCGGCGAAUCUCAACAGAAUGCCAGCAGCUUAUCAAAUGGUGUUUGGCCAUCCGCCCAGCAGAACGCCCAUCUUUCGAGGACAUAAUCAACCACCCCUGGAUGCAGAACAUGGCGUCCCCUACAGACAGCACAGAAAUCAGACUGCACAGCAUCAGCCAUGAGCAUCAACCUGCUGCUUUCCCAGCCGUCACUGUGUGCAAAUGACUCUAAAUAAAUGUAUACAUAGAGACUUUCUAUUACAACAGAAAACCUCCCAGGGGAUCUCUGGACUGAGCAGUUUUGAGCAUUGCCUUUUUCUUUUGUUUUGAGCAUUGCCGUUGGGUUGGAGGGGUGUCGUUCUCUGGAAAACUUGUGGCUCAGGGUCCCGAAGUCCAAAGGACUGUCAACAUUGCAGUCGGACACAUGUAGACCACCUCAGCCGGUGUAGAGAGGAGUCCAGAACACCUGGGUGCCACUUUAAGGGUGGCUUGUGAUGAGGGCUAGCCCUUAAUAUACUACAAGGGGCGGUUUGGUUCAGUCAGGGCAGUUUCUUUAGGAAGCAGGUCUGUUGAGCUUAAUAAUUUUAGUGCCUUCUGUGAAAGAUCAAGGGUUUGUUUUUAUUUUGUGGAAAUACUUGAAUUGAGUAAUAGCCACUGUAACACUCUACUCCUUAAUCAGAUGUCUUUUUAAACCUAUUUGCUUCCACUUGCUGCCAGCAGGUAACUGUCGGUCUUACUCUAAUAUGUCAAGAGUAACCAAAAUGACCUCAUAAAACCUCUGCAGAAUGCAAGGCUUGCCUCAUUCUACUAUAUCCUUCUGUUCCCCCUCUUUGUAACCCUCAACAACUACCACUCAUCGUCAAAGAUGCACACAGCAAUGCAACUACAACGUAAAGACUACAUUUUCUGCGUAAUAUUUGUGUUUAUACUGUAAAUACUGUAAUGGCUUGGGUCGAAUGACUCAAUUCCAUGACAAGGCUUGUGUGUAAAUUAUAUUUAUUUGAGUGUCUUAAAAGAACAAGAUGGAAGUGGAAUUAUUUAUUUUAUUUAUUAUAGAGAAACAAUUUUGCUAAGUUUUUCUUAUUCCACCACAGAAGGGCCCACAAAUUAUUUAAAUGUAUUUUUUUUUUAUUACCAUAUUUAAAUACAUUUUGUGAGAAAGAGGUGUACAUUUGUUGUAAAUAAUCCUUGAAAGCACCUGUUUCUCAAUGCAUGGAGUACUGAACGUCUACUGAUGGUAAUGAAUACCAGUCUGAAGUCUUGUCACCUAAUUUAAUCUGCUGUGCAAAUGUUGGAGGAAAUGACCUCCAUGAAUGUUUGAGGAGUGAGUGAUUCUACAUGGUUUCUAUGUUUUCACCUUAAGUAGGCACGACUGCAAGUUUUUGUCAUGUUUUUUUUUAAUUUAGCAUUGUAAAUUAUGUUUAGAAAGCUAUUUUUUUACACAGUUGUCAAUAAAUAUUUUUUUA